UUUAUUACUUGUAAUAUAAGUCGUUUAAAUUAUUAUAUUUUAGAGAAAGCACUNAUCAGAUCAUAUACUAUCCGCCCGAUUACGGACAGUAUGUCGAGCCGAUCAACCAAAAGAUCUAUACAGUGGUCGACCGCAGUGUGUUGGACACCGGCAACAGAACGGCGUGGAGUUACCGGACACGGAUGGCCAUCAACCCCGAGACCAAUAUGAUCACCAAGAAUACCGACUUCAUCAUCAAUAGUCGCUAUUUAGGUUAUCCCGCGUUCAUCAAAGCCAUGGCCUUCCUUCCCAUCGCAGCCGGUUUCAUACUGUUCUUCACCCUUAUCUACCAAUACGGACGCUUUCCGCCCAAAACGGACGUCUCGGCCGGCGGUCGCCUCAAGAAGCGGCACUCGAGUUGGCGUCGGGAGCGCCGGGACUCGCGUCUGGGCGGCUAUAUAUCGUGGCGCGGGAUCACUAUAUACGGCGGCAAACCUACGCUUCGCAAGAAUGAGUUCACAUAACUGUCGGACAGUAUUAUCGAGUAAUAUAUUCACGAAUCAAAAGCAUUUUCUGCUCUCAAUAUUCAAUUAUUUUACACAAAAACAAAACCUCUUUUUUGAUACGCUUUUUAUACAC